AGAGAGGGAGAGAGACAGUGAGGAAGGGAGGGGGGAGGAGAGGGAGAGAGAGACAGGAGUCAGUGUGACAGAUAAGAACGAGGAUGACUUGUAUCCCUUUGAAUGUCCGUUGAGCAGAGAGAGAGAGCAAGUGCACCAGGGUGUCAGGCAAGGCAGCUCCCUGCACACACACACACACACACACACUUACUCCCCAGACCCCACAGUCUGGCCGCGCCAAAGGAGGUGUGUGUAUUCAAGAGUCUCCCAAACAAGCUAUGCGUUCUUCCCUGGGACCAGUGGAACCUGGGAUGGGCUGAAUUCUGACAGCAACCCUGUUGUUCUCCUCAUCCGUUUUCUACUUUGUUUACAGACCUCGAGGGCUCGCUGACCCAGACGUCAUGGAGGAGCUGACGGGGAACGACAAGGAGCUGAUCCGAGGGAGCUGGGAGAGUCUGGGCAAGAACAAAGUUCCGCACGGCGUCGUCUUGUUCUCCAGAUUGUUUGAACUGGAUCCCACGCUCCUCACCCUCUUCAACUACAACACCAACUGUGGCUCAGCUAAAGAGUGUCUCUCCAGCCCUGGGUUCCUGGAGCAUGUCACCAAGGUGAUGCUGGUGAUCGAUGCAGCAGUCAGUCAUCUGGAUGAUCUUCACACCUUGGAGGACUUCUUACUCAACCUGGGGAGGAAGCAUCAGGCUGUGGGCGUUCACACCCAGUCCUUCGCUCUGGUGGGGGAGUCUCUGCUCUACAUGCUGCAGUGCAGUCUGGGACAGGCCUACACGGCUCCGCUACGCCAGGCGUGGCUCAACAUGUACAGCAUGGUGGUGGCGGCCAUGAGCAGGGGCUGGGCCAAGAACGGCGAGCGCAAGACCGACUGAGAGACGCUCCGCAAUUUGCCCGGCCUUCUGUCAAUCACCCUGCAUGGUUGCCAUGGAGCCAGGUUGUGUCAGUUACAACGUUGGGGGGGGUUUGAAAUGCUGUUCCCACUGGUCACGUAGUGUCGUCAACGGACGGGUGUUAUCGCACUCGACGUACACAAACGAUAAGCGGUGAUGCUCACAGAAUUAAUAGCUGUUUCUGCUGUGGAUGUUGUAGCUGCCAGACAAGGAUGCUGUGAGGCAGUGGGAUGUUGUUUGUGUCCGCCUGCUCUGGAUUCUGACUCUCCAGUCUGAGGUUCCUCAAAGCAGCUGGGUCGUUAGCUAAUGUUAGGGUCGAACUUGCUUUGUACAUAUUGGCUUGAUAUAUCUACUCAAAUAAUAACGAUGACUGUGGUGGUCUUUGUGAUGUAACCUGUAUAGUCUCACAGCUGUCAGAUUGUGGAUGUACUGCUAGUCGUCUACGCUCCAGCGUUGAUCUUUACUGAGUUUGGUAUCGGCAGCUCCCCAUUGGACAGUGAUUUACCUAAGCACAUUUGAACCUUGAAUCAAAACGACCACGGUUUCAUUUCACCCGGAGUGGUGGCUCGUAGUCACGGUGACGACCGCGGUAGCUACAGCAUUUAGCUUCGACGUUUGUGACAAAGUCGCACACAGGAUGUGAUCACAAGCCAUUAGCGAUACUUAAGAAAUGCUACUUAAUGUAAAUUGACAGGAACUGUUACAACAUUCAAUAGAUUUUUUAUGUGAUCUAAAAUGACUGUUAAGGUGACCAUUUUCACCUCUUUGGCGCUCUCUGACUGUUGAUGUAUCGAGGUUAUAAACCCUUGCAGGAGGCCUGUUAUCAAACUUCUGUUGGAUUGAACUGACUGUUACAUAUUCUAGAUAGACUGUUCUCUGUGUCCUUGGAGUACUGAUGUAAUAGAACUCUUUGCUUGAGGGUGUUGAUUAGAUUAAGACACUGUACUGAAUAAUGCUAUCGUACAGAAUGGCAACCGGUCCACAAAUAUGUGUGUGUGUGUGUGACAGAGAGUGUGUAAAAGAUGUUGUAGCCACUCUUGUCUCUAACCUGGCCACAAAUAUGACAACGGCUUUCUCAAUCACAGUCUUUGGAAGCCAGACUUGUAUUCUUGUUUUCCCACACCACACUACUGCAAAGACGAUGUAAUAUUUGAGCUUGGAGUGUUUCUGUGUUGUAGUUGAUCAGGAGAACAGCUCUAAUACAUUCACUGAUGAACAGUAUAUAUGACAUACACUUACAUACAUAUCUGAUAAUACUGAAUUGGUUAGAAAAGUUUGUGUCUUUUUUGCUGCUAUAAACAAAUGUGUAUAUUUCUUUGUCAAUUGUUAAUUGCUGGCAUUUAAAAGUCCCGUCUUUCACUCAUUUAUAUCCAAGCAAAAGCUAUGUGGGUCUUCUUUCUUCAGUGUGAGUUUACUUUUAUAAAGUUUAUUUUUGUAUUUUCAAGUGUAGUAAUAGUAAGGACCACCGCUUGGAAUAAUGUUUUGCCAAACCCCAUACACCCACAAAAUGUUGUGUUUCACUUAAAUGUAAUUGCAUCUUGUUUCUAGACAGCACAAACACUGGGUGCUGUAAGGAUGAACAGAUUUCUCAUCUUCGCUUAAAUAUGUCCUUUGGCUUUCACAGCCUUCAAAGUAGCAAAUUAGAGAAUAGGGUAGAGCAAUUUCCUUUCCAGUCUGGAUAACUGCCGUAUUAUUGACGUGUCAUCCCAAGAUAGAUGUGCUCGCUGGCAUUUGGGCGCAUGAUCAUUACAUCACCCUUUCUCAAGAGAUCUUACAUUCAGCCUUUCAGCCAAGUGCAUACUCAAUAUGUACUUCAGAAAGAUUGUUCUCUACCACUUAUUAACCCUUCAAGUGUCUCAAUGUCGCGUUUUGAGAGUAAAGUUGCGUAAAUGACUGUUUGUGAUGUAUUUAAAGUGAUUCUUUACAUAGCUAUACAUAAGACUAUGCAGAUUAUUGUGGUUUGUGCAAUUUGUGUUCAUUUUAUUGAGUGUACGUGGGAUUUACCAUAGGUACUUUACUAAUUGAAUGUUUAAGUUCUGUUCUUGGGUGGCUCAUUGUCUACCUCACCACCUCAGCUGUUCUUGUACAGCAAUGGCGUCACCCAGCUCUCUCUCUCUCUCUCUGACCAAAAACACGUUCAACAGUAAAUGCAAUUAAAAACUCAACCAAACAGCUUGUUAAACGGAUCUCCUGUGGAUGUGAUGUAUUGUGAUUCUAAUACUCCUCAAACUAAAUAAACCUGAUAUUCUGUGUUGACUAACUAAAGAACGUACGGCUUCGUACCUCAUCGCAUGUUGUCUGUUCUGUCUCUAAUUGAUAGUAGCGACUCUGUUUGGAAUCAAUCACACCACGCCUGACUGCUCACGCUCGGACGAGCUGUUUUCCUUGUGUAUUGCGUAACAUGGUUGUGCUAGCUGGCUCCUUCCCUCGGGCUGUGGAGACGAGGAGACUUCAUCUCUGGAGCCAGAGAGGCGGGCGCAUCAGCCCGCUUAUUCAUGCAAAUGUCACUGUGUCACAUCAGGGCUGCAGAAUUCCAAGAACUCUAAUGGGCGUCGUUAACGUGCCCCGGCCGCCCCUUACAGCACAGACAGCCCUGGUUGGCCUUCUUCUUCUAUUUCCAAAAGUAAACAAGAGGCCUCACAAGGUUGUCUGUGUGUGUGUGUGUGUAAAGAGAGAGAGAGCGAGAGCGCGCGCUUGUGUGUGCUCACUUGAGAGAGCAGGAGAUAGUCGGCACUGAAAGAUGGUAUCUGCCUUCCAUGCUUCAACACGUUCUGUCCCGCAUAUUCAAUUUGGUUGUAUCAUCAUUAAAGUCACAUCCAUGGGCUGGCUGUCUGCUCGGGAGGUGGAGCAGUGGCUGAUAUGUCCCAGAUCUGUCUGUGUGCUCGAUGCCAC